CUGUGAAAUAACUUGCCUGGUCCACAAGGAGCCCCGACACCUAUGGGAUGAAGUAGAAUGGAAAUUGCAAGCCAGGCCUUCACUUCCAACAUCGGUGCCUUUAAUUAUCCAUCCAUGACUUUACUGAUCGCCAACCUUGACCCACAGAUAAACAUUCAAACCCCUUUAAAAGGUCACUUUGAGUUUAUGCACUACAAAAAAAAAGUAAACACGUGACAGACAGAAAGCAGGGAAGUGAGUCUGAUGCAGGAGCAAGUAGAGGGGAAGUGUUAACACACGAGUGCUCUGUGCAGCAGCGUAUUGUCACACAUGUAAAAGCGGCUGAUGAGAGAGACGAGCAGCACUGGUCUACCUGAGGGAGGCGACAGAGGGAGUCUUCAGACAGCCUCUUUAACUGCCCGUCAAUUUAAUUUUUCUCUUGUUCAUAUUUUUGCAGCUCUUCCGGGCCAGCGGCUCUCUGAUCUCUCGACUGAGGAAUUUUACUUUCUGUUCAGAAGUGGAGGAAGGCUGCUGCAGCGAUGACCCAGGACCCUCGGGAAGCUAGAGAAGCAAUGGAGAUGUAUUCGCCAGCUUUCAAGGUGGACAGCCAGGCAUGCUGCCUGCCCCAGAUGAUGACACCUCCUCCCCCUAGGCAGCGCCAGGUGGGACAGACGGUGCUGUAUCUGCUGCUGGCCGUGACUCUGUGUGGCGUCAUGGUGGAGGCCUGCUUCAUCUACAAGCUGUACGACACCAUGGCGAUGGCGGACACCCCAACCACACAGAAGCGUCAGCAGGGCGAGAGGGAUGCUACCGGCCAAAGAUACUGGACUGAGGUUAAACCUCCGAGGCCGUCAGCACAUCUGACAGCCGGCACACACCAACCCCGGGAAGACGGACUCAUGAUGUGGAGCUCCGUCGGGGGAGAUGCGUUCACCCACGAGAUGGACUACAUCCAGGGGAAGCUCUUUGUGAAGACGGAGGGCUUCUACUUCAUCUACUCCAAGGUGUUCUUCUCUGAGCCCAGCCGGGCCGCCUUCACCCACACGGUCCUGAAGUCCAUCCCACGCAUGCCCAAUAGUGAACUGGAACUGAUGCGAACUUUCCGAUUUCUUGACAGGGGACAAACGAGGGGGGGCAUGCUAAACAGCUACCUAGGGGGGGUGUACCUUCUGCACGAGGGUGACGCCAUUUUUGUAAAGGUGCACAAUCAUACAGGGCUGCUGAGGCAGGUCCCUGCGGAUAACUUCUUUGGCGCGUACAUGUUGUAGAUGACUAUGGUUGUGGUUGUGCUUUUUUAAAAUAAUUUUUACAGCUUUAGCGAUGCAUUGAAUCCGAUUUCCAAGAGAGGAAAAAAAAGGUUGGGGGGCCCAAUGUAAUAUGCUUUCAUGGGGCCCAAAAUUCCUAGCGGCCCCCAUGUCUGUGACCUUUGGAGCUUUGAACGCUUGAAGAAUUUUAUGACUGUUUGAGGGUCGUCGGCUCACUCUCCAAAACGAAAGCUUUUAUUUAGUUGUUAACGUUUCUGCAACUUUGGCAAUUAUUUGUUUAUCGCUAAUAUUCAUUACAUUGUUAUAACCUAAUAAAACUUGUUUAUUAUUUUGAAUAGAAGUCUGAAUGCUUCAUUGAUGAAGAAUCACAGACAUAAAUGUACUUUUAUGUGUAAUCUAGGCAAUAAAGUAGUGUUUUGAAAUGUUUGUGAAGGAACUGGUUUGUUAAAGAGAAAACCAGUGAUAGGAGCUUGAGAGCUACUGAAAUUCGCACCGACUGACCCGAAUGGUGCUCAUGGAAAGAUUUCAUAACCAGAGGGCACUUUCAUAUAUACGCAGAAUAAAUUACCUUUAUGCAAA